GGUGUCUGGCGACAUAAUCAUUAAGCUUUAUACUUAUUACUUACUUUCAAUAAUGUAAUGUUAUGUUUUGUUUUCAGUAUGCCUUACAAAGUCGUCCAAACGAUAGAGGGUGGAAAAAUUUGCCUUUCAGUUGUGCCAAGCAACUGGGAGAAAGAGGGGACCCUGUCUUGGCCUAAAAGAUCUGAAGCAAGCAGCAUGCUAGAUGAAACCUCGGUUCCUGGAAAGAAUUGGUCCACCUAUGCAUGUAUCCUAAAAAGAACAUGCAGCACCUAUAAGACGGCUGGUCUUGCUGUGAAAUCGAUGGAAAAUGUAACGGACACAGAUGAGGAAGUUCCCACUAGAGCCAUUCAACGCCCACAAGAAAAUCAUGCUGUUUUAGAUUUAAACCAUUUAAUGGAAGUUGAAGGGGAUUCAACAGCUGUAGUGUCACCAAUUACUGUGACCAUAAGUGACAAUGCGAUGGCGGACCGCAUUUCCCUGACUGAUGUAAACGCUUCAUUUUUGCUGAAAGCAGACAACGAUGAAGUUAUCAAAAAUCAAUUAAAGAUACUGGAAGUCCUAGAAGAAUUGCAAAAUACUCAAAAAAAAAUAUUACAACAACUGGCAAAACAUGAAGUACAGUUUAUGGAAUUAUCGAACAAAAUGGCAGAAUGUAGCGUUGCUACUACUGCAAGAAAGAACUGCGAGGGCUCAGCUGUAGAAGAACAUUUUCCGCCUUUAAAAACAGUGGAAGAGCUAUAUAAGUUGGAAGAAAAUUUAAAAGAUGUAGAAUUUCGUACAAAAUAUUUUAAAAUGAUGUCAAGCUUAUGCUCUCCCGGCUUAGGAGCAAAAGGGACGAAUAUUUGCUAUAAAAUAGUUGAUUAUUUCUUUUCGCGAGAGCUAUUAACUUUGGUUUCUUGGAGUGGCAACUCAAGAGACCAAAAUGAAAAAAUUGCGUUUAAAUUCUUUGCGCAUACUCGUCAGAUGAUUUUUUCGAUAAUCCACAAUGCUGACUCAACUAUAAGUCAAUUAGAGACUGACAAUUUUAUGAGGGCAAUAAUAAAAAAUUCUAGGCAACGUUUUCAGGCGACCAUAAAGCCUGUGUCUGCUAGUACGCCAACGUCUCGUAAAAAGAGAACUAAUAAUAAUUCUUCUAAAUCACUCAGUGAUGCUGCAGAAUCACACACAGAGCGCGCUGCAGAUGUAGAGGUUGAACAGCCUUUAGUCAAUGUUGAUGAGCCGAAUAGUGCGGACGAAGUAGUCGAAGCCGCAGCAUUGGCAUCAACAUCAGGGGACGCCGCGGCCCGGGCUUAA